UUUGUAAGUUCUUUGGAUAAAAUAAUGUUUUUCAAAAUUUUAUGUAUUGACAUUUCGAAUAUUUAAUGAAUUUUAUGAAUGACUAAACCGGCAACGUGACAACGUGGCUUUAGUUGCGACAAGCGACAACGCCAUGUCUCAUGUCUUUUUUCCGUAACCCUCCAUUUGUCUGAACUUCAUAUGAGUGGUUUCAUUUUUCGAUAAUAAAUACCAAACAAGAGAAAACUAUAUCCAUCUGGAGUAUUGCUAAGUAAAUAAGUCCCCAUGGAUUCCGAAGAUUCUCGGGAGGCUUCCUCUGGAAGUGGAAGCGAAGAUGAUCAAGGAAGAAUCAGUCGUGCUAGCAAAAAAUCUGCUGGUAGAGACUCCUACAAAUCCAGAUCUUCAUCAAGGUCAUCCAGUGCUGGUAGCAGGGCUCAUUCUGCUUCUUCACAAAGUUCUGCUGGGAGUAGAAGUAGACCACCCUCUCCAGAAGCAGAUAGGCUUCAAUCUAGAUCUAAUAAAAGUAGAUCACCUGAUUCUCGUUCUAGUAGGAGUAGGUCUCCGAAUGAGGUAUCAGCUGCACCAAGAAGUCAAUCUCCCAAUCCAAGAUCACCUAAAGUAAGAUCUAAAGAAAAACAAGGUCCAAGAUCACCAAGUUCAUCUUCCUCCUCUUCAUCUGAGGAUGAAGAACCAAAAUCUCCUGAACCGGAGAGACCUGUAUCAGGAGGGCCAAGAUCACCACCCUCUUCCCCUCCCAAUGACUAUCCCAAAUCUCCAAGUCCAGCUCCAGAUAUGUUAAGCCACCCUAGAUCGCCAUCACCAAAUCAAGUUAGAUCACCUUUACCAAACCAUCCUCUUUCAUCUCCACCAAAUCAUCCUAAAUCACCUCCAAUGAACCAUCCCCAAUCACCCUCACCAAACCAUCCUAGAUCUCCUUCACCAAACCAUCAUAGAUCUCCUUCACCAAACCAUCCCAGAUCCCCUUCACCAAACCAUCCCAGAUUCCCUUCACCAAACCAUCCCAGAUCCCCUUCACCAAACCAUCCCAGAUCCCCUUCACCAAACCAUCCUAGAUCCCCUUCACCAAACCAUCCCAGAUCGCCUUCACCUCAGAGCUCCUCUCGUAGCUCGUCUCAAGAAUCUCAUGGACACAAGUCUGACCAUUGUGUAAAUGGCGAAGUGAAAGUCAGAAGCCCAAGAAGUUCUGGAAGUCCAAGACAACGAAGGAGCCCAUCACCACAAAGCUCUGUGAGAAGCAGUUCCCCCGAUUCUCCAGAAAGGGCUAGCAAUAAGCUUCAAGAUCGUAAUAUCCCGCCAAAAGAUGAUGGUCCUCUUCGUCAACUUUCAAAACGUUCUAGAUCUUCAAGUGCGUCUAGCAGUUCUCAAGAAUCCCCAGAUAGGUAUGUAAGAAAAAAACAUCCAAAUAACGACAACGCUUCAGUCAAAAGUGACAGUAGUUCAAAAUCUAGUAGACAGUCCAGAAAAUCGGCUUCAUCUAGAGGAUCGAGAAGAAAUAGGACGCGGAGAAAGCGGGCUUCUUCGGAUUCUAGUGACAGCAGUAUAGAUUCGUCUAGUAGAAAAAACAAACACAUCUCCAAGACUGAUACCCAGGCUGAAGAAAUAUCUGAUGGUGACAUUGAGUCUGAAAAUGAAAAAGGUCGUUCAAAACAGAAUGCUCCCAAACAAGAAAUUAAUAUUUCCCAUGAUGACCUUUCCGAUGUGUCUGAUUUAGAAGAUUCAAUCGGCGGACCUUCUGAGAAUGACGAUGCCAAGAGUACCAAAUCAGAAAAAAAAGUCAACAGCACAGAAUAUAUCGAAGAACAACCAUUACCAGCUUCCCCAGAACCUAAGAAGGUAUCAGAAAAACAAACCAGACCAGAAGAGGGUGAGGAGCAACUGGACUUUGAAGCCGAAGAUGGUGAGUGUGAAGUAGAAAUUAUUAAGGACAAAGAUGAAACCGAAGAACGUUCCAAAAAUGAUGAAACUGAAAAGACUGAUGAGAAGGAAAAAGAAAAGAAGGAAGAGAAGCAAAGAGAAGAGUUAGAAGAAGGUGAAGUUACAGAUGAAGACGAUGUUAGGCCGGAAGAAACGGAACCAAGGCCAGUUUGUAGAUUCUUUUCAAGGGGACAAUGUACAUGGGGAGCAAGUUGUAGAUUUUUACAUCCUGGCGUUACAGAUAAAGGAAAUUACACAAUGUUCGAAAUGAUCAGGCCGGUUGUACCAGGUGAAUUUCGUGACGAGAGGGCAUAUGGUAAAGUAGAACCGCCAGUCGUAGAGUCGGCCUGGGAGAGGGGACUUCGCACAGCCAAAGAAAUGCUCCGAAAAUCAGUUAAGAGGAAGGAACAGGAUAUAGAUUUUGAAGAAAAGAAAAUGAAUUUGAGUUUAGCACAAGAAGAAUUUGAUAAAGAAAAUGGUUAUUAUGGAAGGGCUUCACCAGAACCAAGGUAUGUGCGCCAUGUUGAGUAUCCGGCACGACCACCUCCAGAAGAGUAUUAUGGCCGCAGACAAGUUGUCUACGAACAACAAGAUUAUAUGCCGCCACCUCGUGAGAGAGCUCGACCUUAUCGCGAACUUCCACCGCAUCGUAUGCCUGAUUAUUAUAGCAAUAAGUACAAUGAGGAGGAAGCGCCUCCACAUUCCAGCGGAAGUACCGGUAAAAGAAGCAACAAGCCAAAGCGAGAAGUGAUUGUUCAAAGGGUUGAAAGCGAGCGCCCAUCCUCAGGAAGAGGGGAUGAAUGGCAAGAUCCUUGGAUGAGAUCCAAGGAUCAAGGCAGAAGGAAAGAAGCACCAGGCCGUAAGAGGUCGUAUAGUACAGGAUCGUCGUAUUCAUCUAGCAGUUCUUCUAGUUCCUCGGAUUCGAGCAGAAGUUCCUAUGCGUCACGAAGAAGGGCUCGGGGACGUAGAUCAAGAUCGCGCAAGGGAAGGCCCGUUUCACCUUCAGUUAUAGUGUCCGAGAGAAAAGCGGCCAAUGAAAGAGCUGCUUUAAUGAACCCACCAGCACCAAAGAGAAGAGCAGCUUCACCAGGUAUGAUGAGACUGAGUGCAGCUGCUAACCCACCAGCUCCAUUAAGAGAUGAACAGUUUAGCAGAAGCAGAAGCAAACUAGCAGUUGCUGCUGCGUUGGCGAGAGUAAGAGGCCGCAGGGCCUCGAGAUCAUCUUCUGGAAGUUCAUCAGGUAGCUCUAGCGAUUCUGAUUCAUCUGACUCCAGUAGUUCCAGCAGCAGGGAUAAUAGUCCACCAUCUAGAGGGCCCGUUGAUUUGGUGAAAGCUAUGGAUGCUUUGAAAGGAAGCGCUUUAGAGAAGAAACAAAUAAAACUUAAUUUGAAGAAUCCGGUUGGACCCAAAAAGCCGGAGAAUCCAAGAAGCGCAGAAUCGUCUCAAGCCAAAAAACGACCUGCGAAUUCUCCACCUCCCGGUGAUCCCAAGUCGAAGAAGGCGACUUCGAGAAGAGAAGAACUAUUGAAACAACUGAAGGCUGUUGAAGAUGCCAUUGCAAAGAAGAGGUCGAAAGUUAAUUAGAGCGACCGAUAUGUAAUAUCGAUCGUAUGUACUUUUAAGCAUUAAUAGUUAUCUUUUGUAUAUAUUCGAGUAUGAUGUAGUGUUGCCGACUGUUUGAUUCAAAUUAAUAAUUACAUUUUUUGUAUUACUUAGCUAUCUGUAUGGAAGAAAAAAUAAAAUUCAUAAAAUAUGUCUUAAACAAUGA